AUGAUGUCAGUUCUCCAUAUGGGCCCACCAACCCAACUCGGAGAUGACUUCAACGAGGACGAGGGCUAUGUCGACGAGGGCUAUGUCGACGAGGGCUAUGUCGACGAGGGCUAUUUCGACGAGGAAGAUGGAGAAUAUGAGGAAGAAGAUGACUUCACAUAUAUUAAAAGGGAGACCAGGCACGAAAGGCCGUCUCGCAGUUCGAGGAAACGCCGUAGGGCGGCGGCUGCUGGAGACGGAGUCACCCUCGACGACGAAGACGCCGGUGCAGUGGAAGGAGGAAAGCUCGACGCUGCCAUUAGGUCGGAGAUGAAGGGUCUCUCCCCCCACAUGCGGCCCUACUAUCAUCCCCACAGUCGCAUGUCAGGACUGCCAUACAAGAAAAAAGUAACCUCAAGCCUCAAAGUCUGCGUCAGCAUGAAAGCGCUAGUACAGCACUUCCUCGCCGUCUUCCCCCCCGACCACUUCUUCGAAGCCCUCACCUUCUUGCACCACUACGUCGACAUUAUCCGCAGCAGCGCGCUCGGGCAAUGCUACAUGGAGGGGAUCUACUCUCAUUUCCGCGCGCGCGCCAAGCUCUUCCUCGACUGGGAAUCGGACCCGAGCGCGAAAGUUGAGAGUCCGUAUACCAAGGCGCGCCUCGUGGAUUUCAUGGAGAUGUUCCUGGUUGUGCCGGAUUAUGAGCAGCUCGAGCGAGACGACUUCUACGAGCUCACGAGCAAGAGAAUCAAUAAUCGCCCUGUCGCGCGGUGCCGCCGCCGUCGAAACGGCAGGGUUUAG